UGAUGUUGAUCGGGUUUGAGAUUCAGGUGUUGGUUUUAGUCCACAGUUUCCACAGGCACAAGACUAAAAUUCAAUCGACUGAUCAAGCUAUGCGUUAUUCCAUCCAGCAACAUUCCUGCAACUUUAAAGAUUCCAUAGGCAUCUGGACUUUGAAUAACCAUCCGAUAACUGAAUCCUCGCGUCUUGGAAGAUAGAUCUGCGAAAUAAAGUUGAAGAGUGACAGGAGUACUUUAACCUCGGGUCUAAAACAGACAGAGAUGUACCCUUUGACCUUGUUGGUGACCCCUGAAAUCAAGACCGAAGCUAAGGAUGACUUCGAGGGCAAACAGCAUCAGGAGAAAAAGAAGACAAAGAAGAAAAUUGAGGACCGAUUUAAAUGUGGGGUUUGUACUAAGGCAUUUAAUUACGCAUCGCUCUUGCGGGCCCACAUGAGAACACACACAGGGGACAAGCCUUUUAAGUGCGAGACCUGCGGAAGAGGUUUCACACAGUCAUCAAUUUUGCGAAAACAUCGAAGAAUACAUACAGGUGACAGGCCGUAUAACUGUCAAGUGUGUGGGAAGACUUUUAGCCGGUCAGAGCAUUUAACAACACACGCUCGUGUACACACGGGCGUUAAACCUUAUAAAUGUGAUGUUUGUGACAAGGCGUUCAAGCAGUCGUCUGGGCUAAAGAGACACAAACGCAUACACACAGGGGAACCGACGGAGACCUACAGUGUCGAGUACACGUGUGGAGUUUGUAGUCGUGAAUUUCACUACGUGUCUCAACUAGAGGCACACAUGCGGACACAUACUGGAGAAAAACCAUACGAAUGUGAAUACUGUGACAUGUCUUUCAGUCGUUCGGGGCAUCUGCGGUGUCACAAGAGAAUUCACACGGGAGAGAAACCUUACCACUGUGAAAUGUGCGGAAAGUCAUUCCGUCGUAGACAACACUUACGCAGUCAUAAGAUGACACACACGGGACAUAAACCAUACAAAUGCAAAAUGUGUGAUAAAGCAUUUAAUCAGUCUUCAAGUUUACAGAUGCACAUCAGGACACACACGGGGGCUAAACCAUACAACUGUGAUGUGUGUGGUAGGGCCUUUAAUCGGUCUUCCAACCUUCACAGACAUAAGAUUAUACAUACUGGUGAAAGACCAUACAAGUGUACCUUGUGUUUGAAGACAUUUCGACAGUCGUCCAAUUUGCAGACCCACCUGAAGCGCCAUGCUGCUCGAGCCACGGCCUGCAGUGAAGACCCAGUGGAGACAGAGGACCCAGUGGAGACUGAGGACCCAGUGGAGGCUGAGGACCCAGUGGAGGCUGAGGAUUCAGUGGAGGCUGAGGACCCAGUGGAGGCUGACGACCCAGUGGAGGCUGAGGACCCAGUGGAGGCUGACGACCCAGUGGAGGCUGACGACCCAGUGGAGGCUGAGGAUUCAGUGGAGGCUGACGACCCAGUGGAGGCUGAGGACCCAGUGGAGGCUGAGGAUUCAGUGGAGGCUGACGACCCAGUGGAGGCUGAGGACCCAGUGGAGGCUGAGGUCUCAUCCGAAGAAGAACCACAGUAAAUGCAGACAGGGCAACGUGAACAUCAUGGAUUAUUCUAGUCCAAUGAUGGUGGAUGUAGAGAAAAUUACCAUGGGUUGUAUUUCAUAGGAAAGUUUAAAACCAGCCCACAUUAAUUUUCUGAAUACACUUAUAUAUAUAAAACUAGAUAUUAAAUUUUAAAUCAUGAAUGUAUAUGAUGUGAUUUCAACAAUGGGUUUUUAUCUAUGUAACUUGAUUCAUUUCAAUGUGUGUAUGGAAAUAGGGCAGUGUGACAUCACAUUUUAUUAAAUCCUAGUUUAAUAUGACCAGGUCAUGCAUGAUUAUCCACCCCUGGCUUAGCAGCCAAUCAAAAUUGUCAUGGGUGUAGCCACCAAUCAAAACGUGUCAUUUUUACCUACCCCAGACUUUAUAUGUAUCUUUGUUAUACUGUUGCAGUGUCGUGGGUUCUAUGUAUCUCUGUAGCUGCUCAAUUUCCAUUGUUGUUGUUAUCGUGUGACAGGAAAUUUCCAUAUUCCACUAUUUCAAAAGUAAAAGAAAUUUCAUGAUUAGAAUGUGAAUAAAAUUCUGUAAGGAUAAUUAAACAUUUCACAUGUAUAUAUUUACAUUUCCAAUGUAUUUGUCUUUCAUAUCGUUACCAAUUGUACCGAUAGCCCAAUAGGAUUUCUUCAUCAAUGUGCAACAGUUGUGAACAAUGCACAUAUGAAUACAUGUAUUGAUAAAUAUAGUAUGUCUAUAUUAAUGGCUGGAAAUUGAACAGAAAUGAAAAUAGAUUGUAAAUAUUAAGAAAUAAAUUUCUUUUUUGAAAAUACGCUGAGGGUAUGAACAGCAGUGAUUCAUGCUGGCGUACUUUUCAUUCAUGAAGCACUAACACGCAUUAUGAAGUACGCAGGCGUGAAGUGUCGCUGUUCAUACCCUCGUGUAUAUUUCAAAAAUGAUAUUCGUUUCUUAAGGUGGCUCACUACACCAGAAAUAGUUUCUCAAAUGAGUACAAAUUGAUUUAAUUAUAAAAGAUAUCAUGAUAUACAAUAAGUAUAUGGAAAAAAAAAAAGGCAAAAAAUAUACAAAUUUGGAUUAAAACAUGAUUUUCAAAAAAAAUAUUUCAUUACAUAUGCACAAAAUACUCUGGGGAAUUUGAACUGAAGAUCUGCAGUUCACCAGCCCUAUGCUUUAACCACUGAGCUACGAUGAUUGACAAACAAAUCAAUCGAUACAAAUAAUUUCACAAAAUAUUUAAAUCACCAUCUUGUGACGUGGUGUCAUACAGAGUAUAAGCUUUAGUGUUGUGAGCUACCUUAAAUGAAUGAUAGAUGUAAUAAUAUUUUUCUUGUAUUACAUGUGUAUUUUACGAUGCUUCUGAAACCUUUACAAUUUUUUUAAAUAUUUUAUGAAACUGCUUUAUGGUAUCUCUUUUGAUUUUUUAUACAUUUUAUUUAAAUUGUAGUUUUUUUAAAGCAUGCAUUUAAUGUAUGGUGGAAUAUCUGCAUUUUUCAUCAUUGAGAUGAUUUUAAAAUUUUUAAUGUGGACAAUAUACAUUGCUCUAUCAA